GAGCACGCCGCCUGAUCCUCUGCUCCACCACACUCCUGCCGCCAUGAAGCUCACAAUGUUCGUCGUGGGUCUGCUUGGCCUCCUUGCAGCUCCUGGUUUUGCUUACACGGUCAACAUCAAUGGUAAUGAUGGCAAUGUAGACGGAAGUGGACAGCAGUCGGUGAGCAUCAAUGGUGUGCACAACGUGGCCAAUAUCGACAACAAUAACGGCUGGGACUCCUGGAAUAGCCUCUGGGACUAUGAAAACAGUUUCGCUGCCACGAGACUCUUCUCCAAGAAGUCAUGCAUUGUGCACAGAAUGAACAAGGAUGCCAUGCCCUCCCUUCAGGACCUCGAUACAAUGGUCAAGGAACAGAAGGGUAAAGGGCCUGGAGGAGCUCCUCCCAAGGACUUGAUGUACUCCGUCAACCCUACCAGAGUGGAGGACCUGAAUACAUUCGGACCAAAGAUUGCUGGCAUGUGCAGGGGCAUCCCUACCUAUGUGGCCGAGGAGAUUCCAGGACCAAACCAGCCUUUGUACUCAAAGAAGUGCUACACAGCUGACAUACUCUGGAUUCUGCGGAUGUCCUUCUGUGGAACAUCAGUGGAGACAUACUAGAAGUCACAGGAAAACAACCCGUGGGCUCUGACCAUCGCAAUGCUUGAUUAUGAGAGUGUUCUCUGGGGGUUGUGAUUAGCUUCUUUAAGGCUCAAUAAACCCACGUGGCAGCACAUCCAGUUUGUAAUGACAUGCCUCAUGACUUCUAUGGGAGUCCAAUGUGGCACCUGCCAGCCUGUAUUCAGGACCUCUCCGCUAUAAAGCAUCCCUCCAGAGUUUUCAAAUACUACAAAGCACAGCCUGGGUUUGGGCUCAGAUAGGCCACUGCUGCCUGACUACAUUACAGACAAACAAGUUUUAAAAGAAAGAAAAAAGAGCUCAGAGUGGCUGGAAUCAGCAAGGGUGUUUUUCCUGCAAGGAGCCAGAAGUAUCAAUAAUCACCCAAGGAGGAGACACUGGGAAUGAGAGACUAGAACACACGCCUGCAGAUACGGAGAACCUCAGAUUGCCGCUCUCUCCCAUAACUGCACACCCCCUUCUGUAAACUCUGCUUCUUUCUUUCACCUGAAGAUGGCCCUUGCUUUUUUUUAUUAUAGGACAGGAUAACUAGACCAGAAAGUCAGCCUGACUCUCUACAUUUAUAUGUCUUCCCAGUUCAAGAAAUAUUAUUUACUGUUGAAUG